GAACACCUCCCAUGUAAGAUGGCUGCCAAAUUGCUCCAUUCUGAUAUAUAGGGUCUCUAUAAAAAGAAUCCUAUCUAGUGGUAUAUUAUCUAUGCUUACAAAAAGUCUUGUGUUUCCAGACCUGACGCACCCAACAGUUAUCUUUCUUGAGAGAAAAACACUUGCAUAAGAUUUGGGUAGAGAUUAAAUCCUAUUGUUGACUGACUGCUAACCAAAGGUCAUAUUUGAACUUUCCAAACGCAUCUAUUGACAUCCUAGGUGACUGCAUUCCAUCGACCAAAAUGUCUGACCUGAGGAUUGUUCUGCUGGGGAAGACUGGAUCAGGGAAGAGUGCAAUAGGAAACACCAUCCUGGGGAGGGAAGCCUUUAAAGAAGACAUGUCUGCUAAGUCUGUGACCAAAUGGUGUGAGAAACAGAGUGGAGUUAUGGAUCAGAGGAGGAUUGAUGUCAUUGACACUCCAGGGCUCUUUGACACAAAACUGAAGGAAGAAGAAAUGAGGAAGGAGAUGGGGAGGUGCAUUGACAUGUCUGUUCCAGGACCCCACGUGUUCCUCAUGGUGGUCAGACUGGGAGUGAGGUUCACAGAGAAGGAGCAGAACACUGUGAAGUGGAUUCAGAAAAACCUUGGAGACGACGCCUCCAUGUACACCAUUGUGCUCUUCACUCAUGGAGAUACUAAGAAGAAAACAAUCAGGGAGUAUUUGGAAGAAAGCACAGAGCUACAAAGGCUUAACAACAAAUGUGGAAACAGAUAUCACGUCUUCAACAAUAACAAGAAGGAAGACCAGACUCAGGUCACAGAGCUUCCGAGGAAGAUAGAUGAGAUGGUGGAGGCGAAUGGAGGAGGACACUACACCAGUAAGAUGUAUGAGGAGGCUCAGAGUAAGAUUAAAUGGGAGGAAUGGAAGAAAUGGGGAAAAGAAAAGGCCAUUGAUUUUACAAAAAUAGCAGUGGUAGUAGUAGUGGGAGUAGUAGUGGGAGGAGCAGUGGGAGGAGCAGUGGGAGUAGCACUACCCGAAUCAACUCUAUUAGUUGUUGGAUCAGCAACAUUCCAACGUCAAAAAUUAUUUUGAUCAAGUCGGUGGGUCAAGGAGGAGAUAAGAAUCUAAAAGUGUCACAGAAUGUAUCAUUUAAUAAUUACAUAUUAUUACCUAUUGCUGGAUUUGGCCUUUAUAUCCUUAAUUCUAAACCGGUUCUUCAAAUUCUGAAUGCUGAUUGGCUGAUAGCUGUGGUAUAUGAGACUGUAUACCACGGCUAUGACAUCACAUAUCUCAGGCCAUAGCUUGUAAUUUGUCCAUGGUACUGAUUGGCCCAUAGGUGGCGUUGAAAUAAUCAUGUUCCCACUGCCCUGUUUAUGUGAAGGUCUGGUACAACGUGCUGGUCUCUUCUGUCAGGAUAAACAAAGUUGACUCGAGAAAAUAUAAAGUCAAUACGAUGGAUUUUCAAGCAUUUAUAACAAAAAUAAAACUCCUCCCAUAAAGCCAAUUGACUUGAGAUUUUAUAUGUUGGUUCAUGAUAUAGGCGUAACAAUAUUUUGACAAUGCAAAGCAAUGUGUUCCAAAAGGGUGUAAAAAGUCCUGGACAAAAACAUGUGUUGAAACUACAAAUGCUUGUAAGUUUGUACUCAGAAGUAUUAUGGCGUUAUAUGUUGCCACACUGUGAUGAGUGACUAUGUGAAAUGUCAUGAUAUUUUCACAUAUAUUAAUCCUUACCUGAAUGUAUGUACCCAGGUUUUCACAAGUGGAGCCAUUUAAAUAUUAUUCAGUAAAAGUGUGGAGAAUUGUAGGUAGGUUUUAUAACUGAUUGACAUUUUGUGUCGUAUAUGUAGGAAACCGGAUCUUUCAUGCACCACACCUCUAAUUUCUUUGGAAAUCACUUUAUAACAGCAGUGAGGCAUCAGGGGGGGUUUGGAAGAUUUACAUGUUUUAUUAUUAUUAUUAAUAGUAUUAGUUGUAGUAUUACUUUAUAAGCCUUUUGUGUAUUUUAUUUACAUUGAAAUAACUUGGUGAUAGUGAAUGUGUAAAUUUUCUAAAUGUUUUAUUAUUGUGUUUGGACUAUACAUAAAUAAUAAAAACA